AUUAUGAGCUUCCCUAUUAGCUUCUCUAGGUUCAAACUUUACAUGAGCUACCUCAAACCUACCAAUCAAGUCGUUAACAUCGUUGAUAGUCACUGAACUUGGACCAUUGUACACUGCCUGCAAAUGAUUCACCGUUACUUUUACAAUCUGUCGCCACCCGAAUCUUCUGAAUAUGUAAGUCCAGCGCAAGAGCUUCUCUAACAUCCAUCCCCCUCUUGUGUUGUUGAUGUUUUGGUCAUGUUUUUCUUUGGGUUAUUUGUUUCUAUGGGUUUAUUGGGCUCUCUAUGUGCUCGGGAUGUAGUCUGUCUUUUCCUUCAGUUGCAGAUGAGAUGGGCAGUUGAUUGGAGCGCGUUUCCUAUGUGGCGCCUCUGGCACCAGUUAUAGCUAUAUGGACAAACUCCAAUGGUUGUCACGGCUCGUCCUGCUCCUUGCCCCCUUGCACCUCGGCUUCGGACCUCCACCCGGUGGUGCUGCUGCCAGGCCACUCCUGCAGCCAGCUCGAGGCCCGCCUCACCGACGCCUACGACCCGCCGUCGCCGCUAUGUGGGGGACGGCCGCUGGUUCCGGCUAUGGAUGAACACCACGGCCCUGCAACACCGCCCCAGCGCGGCCUGCUUCGCCGACCAGCUCCGCCUGGUGUAUGACCCCGCAGCCGGCGACUACCGCAACGUGCCCGGCGUCGAGACUCGAGACCCGCGUCCUCUCUUUCGGCUCCACCGCCGGCUUCGUCUCCGACGACAAAGGGCACUGCAUGAGUAUGCUCGUGGAGGCGUUGGAGCGGACCGGGUACACACUACAGAGACGGCGAGAACCUCUUCGGCGCUCCGUACGACUUCCAGCACGCGGCCGCCGAGCAGGGAGUUCUCCCUGUUCCGCCGGAGCCUCACGGCGCUCGUGGAGCACGCGAGCGGGACGAGCGGGGGCAAGCCGGUCGUCCUCGUGUCGCACAGCCAAGGCGGCCAGUUCGCGCUGGAGUUCCUCAGCCGGAGCCCUCUGGCGUGACGCCGGAGGCUCACUUCUUCAUGGCCUUCACGGGCGCCGGCGGGAUCGUGGUCUCCAUGAAGGGCCUCGCCUCCAGGGAUGGCUGCGACGUGAUGUCGAUGAUCACAAUAUCAAAAUAAAAAAAAUUAAGGAGUAUUGGA